AAGUUCACUGUGCCGUGCGAUGUUGUUGACCUGGAAGUAGUUUGGCAAGCCAAAGGUUAGACGGAGGUAGCUGAGCUGUGACCCGGUUCUUGGUAGCCAAGCCCGUAUAGUCUUCGCCUGACCACUAACCUAAGUCCUAACCAGUUACACCCGCCUCGUGCCUACUCCUGAGCCUUAACCUUACCCGUAGAUCUAUGAACCGCUGAUCAAUGGGUGUGCAUGUUUCGUAGUACCUGGAUAGCCCGUCGGAGGAAGUUGUGCUGCAUGCUGAGUUUACUAAUGAACGAAGCAAGCGCUAUGCCAAACGCGAAUACCACAUUCUUAUUUUACUCGACAUAGGUACAUCUGACAUAAAUGUCUAAAUGUUAUGCCGCAUCCAGGUGAAAUAUUUUGAAUGGUAGAAGUAGACACCGUUACACUGUAAUUCGACUUUUCUUUUUACUUAAAAGAGUAUUAUUGCAGCAAAACCAAGCCCACGGUUUUUGGAGGGUGUGUUCUACAUUUCCAUGCAAGUCACCGUAUGUCACCUCGUUGACGUGGGCUACAGCACGCAAUCUGCAGAUCCACCAUGAACACACAAUCAUGCAUAUGUCUGCUUCGGCUGUCCAGGAUGGGGCUCAGACUUCAGGCAUCCAAUGCCACUCGCUGCAGAACCAGAGUAACAACAGUGACUUCCACUUGUCUUUCACAUGCCUCACCUGACUCACCUGUACCCUGCAGACGCUCUUACUCUAGCAACAUCAGGGUCCGCUCCUACCUUCAGUACAUGAAACGCAAGGUUUUCUCUCCUCCCAGGCCUCCAUACAGUCAUGUGUGCCAGGUAGGGGACCCUGUGCUGCGUUCACACGUAGCUGCUGUUGACCCCGCAGCUGUAACAGGCCCUGAGAUCCAACAAGUUAUUAACACCAUGGUGAAAGUAAUGCAGAGGCUUGAGUGUGUGGGGCUGAGUGCACCUCAGAUCGGGGUGCCACUCCGCAUCUUGGCCCUGGAAUAUCCUCAGAAGAUAUUGGAUAAAAGUUCACCCACACUGAGGGAGGUCCGUGGACUCUCCGUCCAGCCCCUGAGGAUUUUUGUCAACCCCCAGAUGAGGGUGCUGGAUGGACGAACUGUACUUUUUCAGGAGGCCUGUGAGAGCAUCUCGGGCUUCUCUGCCACAGUUCCUCGCUACCUGUCUGUUGAGGUGUCUGGUCUGAAUGAGAAGGGUGAAGCUGUCACAUGGCAGGCCAGUGGAUGGCCAGCUCGUAUCCUCCAACAUGAGAUGGACCACCUGCAUGGGGUCCUCUACAUUGACCGCAUGGACAGCAAGACCUUCAUCAACAUCAACUGGCAAACGCAUAACGAAUAGACAGCACGACAGAGCACAAACAUUGAAAUGUUGCUGAUGCUUCAGCUUUCCCAUGAAAACCUUUGGGGGAUGCACAGAGUGAUAACAUUCUAGUUGUUGAUUCAGGUUGUGAUAAGAUAUCAGGAUCAGGAUCGCUGUGGCCCGUUUUGACUGAAAAUCCAUCACUACAAGUGUUUUUGUGAUUACUAGAGGCUGUGGGGAAGCAUCCCAGAGCAGUUAUAUUUAAAAGUGCAAGCCAAGAUUAAGUUCUCAGGACUAUGUUUGAUGAAUGAAGAGGCUGAUAUGUUCACAAUAAAAUGAGUAAAUCAUGUCCUCCAUAUUGAGCAACGCCACUAUGGUACUACUUAGAGUUGGAGAAACAUGCUUGUAGAACAAAGACCAUCACCCAUUUUUCUCAAUGGCUGCCAUGUGUUCAGUUGAUAUAAAAUAUGAGUCAAGAUUUCCAAAAGGUAGUAUAGCUUGAUCAAAAAUCUAUAGGAAUUUCUUAGAUACUGGUUAAAAACUCAUCCUUAUGGGCAGAUUUACAGCACUGGAGAAGGCAAAAAUGGGUGACUGCAUAUGAACUGUGGGAACAAUUUGUUAUUCGUGUGCAUUUGUAAAUUGCAUAUGCAUCGCUACUGAGUUAAAGUAGGCAGCUGCUGGGAUGAGGCUGGGAAAAGCAGAAAUUGUUCAACUCUGUGGCUGAAGACCCAGCCUUGACUUCUUUAGAUAGGAAACUUUGUUGCUCACUGAAACUUACUCCCGUCCUCCCCCACAGCCGAUUUACUGCACCCGUUUAUUCCUGUAUAAAGAACUUCUGUGCUCUCUCCACCUCCUUGUGUAUUCAUUGAGCCCUUCUGCUCAAAAAGCUUUUAAUAAAAAAGACA